AUGUUCGCCUGUGGAUUUAUUGGAAUAGAUAUUCAUUUAGACGUAGAAAAUACAUGGACUAAAAAAUAUGAUCCAGCUCUUUAGAUUAAAGGUUGGUUUACUAAAUAUGUAUAUGCCUUUUAUUGGGCUGUUACUACUAUGACUACUGUUGGUUUGGGAGAUAUUAAUCCUGCGAAUAUUUAUGAAAUUGUCAUUUAUACUGUUUUUAUGUUGAUUUCUUGUGGAUAAAUUGUCUCUGUUAGAAAUAUUGAUACUGUCUUUGAUUCUUUGUAUCCAAUUUUUAAAAAUGAUAUAGAAUAAUUAUAUUUCGAAAAUGCUAUUAAAUCUCCUAGUCCAAAUAGUGUUCCUGAAGUUAUUAAUUUUGUUGGUAAUGGAUAUUUGCUUAAAUAAUAGCAAUAUUUUAAUUAUGUUGGUGAUAAAGAUUUAUGGACAAAACAAAGAAACGGAGUUGGAAUAUUUACCUAUUAAAAUAAUUACUUUCAAUAUGAAGGAUAAUGGUAAAAUGGAGUUAAAUAAGGAGAAGGUGUUUUAAGAAUGAAAGAUGGAACAUAUUAUGAAGGAUAAUUUGAUAAAGGAGAAAUUAAUGGAAGAGGAAAAAUGUAAUAUUCAAAUGGAAAUUAUUAUGAAGGAGAAUUUAAGUUUGGAGAAAAAGAUGGAUAUGGAGAGUUUUUUGCAAAAACAGGUGAAAUUUAUAAAGGUGAAUGGUAAAAUAAUAUAAGACAUGGAAAGGGUAUAAUAAUAAAAUAUAGAUAUGUUAUAAUUUUUUUACUUUAAAAAGGUUACUUAAUUAUGGGUGAUGGAGAAACUAUUGAUGGAUAUUUUUUUAAUCAUAAUCCACAUGGGAAAUGUGAAAUUACAUAUUCUAAUGGAAAUAAAUAUAAAGGAGAAAUGAAAAAUGGGAAAAAAGAUGGAUAAGGUAUUUUUGAAAAUAAUGAAGAAUAAUAUAUCUAUGAAGGAGAAUUUAAGGAAAAUAAAAAAAAUGGAAAAGGGAAAUUUAUUUUUUUGAAAUCAAAUUUUAUUUAUGAAGGAAUUUUCGCAGAAGAUGUUCCUUAGCUUGUUAGUAAUAUAUUUAUUAUUGAAGAAUCGAAAUUAAAAACUGAACAAGAAAUCAAUAAUGAAGUUAUAGAAAAUAAUAGAAAUGAUAAAAAAAAAGACGAUAAAAAUAAAAAUCCUGAGGAUAGUUUACCUUGUAUUGAAUAUGAAAUUUGUGGAAAACCAAUCACUAUAAAUAUUUUUACUGCUUAUUAAGGUCCUGAUAUCCUUGAUCCUUAAUAACCUAAAUAGGAAUAAAUUGAAGAAAUGAUAAAAUAAUGGCAGAAAGAUAAUAAAAAAAUUAAAAAUCCACCACCUAUGCCUGAUUUUAAUUAACCAAAAAUGAUGUAACCACCUCCAGCUUUAAUUAUAUAAAAUAUUAAUGGAGUUGCUACAAUUGAAAAUUUGGAAUUUCCAGAAGAUUUUCCUCCUGGAAAAUAUUAAAUAGUAGUGCUUGAUUAUUCUAAAAAGAAUAAAUUUGGAGAUGUAUUAGAAGCGAGACAUUAUAUAAAUAUAAAUGGAAUAGGAGGGGUAGGGAUUGAUAAUAAAAAAAAGAAAAAAUGA